CCGUCGGCCAUACCCACGACCAUCGCCCACAGCCAUUGCGCCUGUUUCGCAUGUCAGCUUACGCCUAGGUACACGCUGCUCGUCGUCGGGCAACAUUCCCGAUGCACCGGCCAGCGUCGCGAGUCGUCACGCUCCAACGGUGCUAGCCAGGUCUCAAGAUGAUUGUUCCAGGACCAACAAACGCCGCUCCAUGGUAGGCGGGUCACCCCGAUGAUUUCUUUUCCCCCACGCUAGACAUGGAUGCACAACACGAUCCAUGUCAACAGCCCAGAGAUAAAGAUGGAGACAUGGCCGAAACAAGGGAGAAGCGCGUCGUCGUGAUUGGCGGCUCCAUCGCCGGCCUCAUGCAUACACUAGCCCUGAAAUCGCAUGGCCACAGUGUCAUUGUGCUGGAGAUGCGUUCCGAGCAGCAACUGCAGGCUCGCGCUGCUGGUCUGAGUCUGUGGCCCAACGCCCAGCAGCUGCUGCAGACGUACAUACCAGACGUGGAUCUGGACGGCCUUCUCAUACGCAACCCUUCGUUUCCUAUAAUGGACAAAGACGGAAACGUGCUGGUCGAUGUGCCAUUCCAGUACGACGUGCGUACGUCCUGCUGGGCGGGAAUCCACGGCUUGUUGAGAAUGGCCUGUGAAAGACACGUCGACACCCAUGGGCCCGUGGCCAUCCGGUCAGGAUGCAGCUUCACCGGUCUGGCAGACUGUGGCAGCCACAUGGUCGUAACAUACAGGGACAAGGCCGGAUCCGAGCACGAGCUGACGGCUGACCUGGUCGUCGGUGCAGACGGCGCGCGAUCCAAAAUCCGAAGCAUUGUGCUUCCUGAGCUCAAGACCGAGUACAUGGGUUAUCUUGCAUGGAGGUCCUAUCUCCCCGAAGACGAUGCGCCACAAGAGCUGAAAUGCACUGUUCAAGGCAAGAUGCCCCAGUGCAUGCUGGGCGGUAGCUAUAUUGUGGUCUAUCUCUCGCCAGACGACCAUGGCAGCAUGAGGCCGGGUGAGCGUGUGGUCGAGUGGUGCUGGUAUGAUGCCUGCGAUGCGGCCACUCCUACCUUUGCCGAGUACAUGACGGACGUGAAUGGCGUCUGCCACAACUCAACCGUGCCAUCGGACCUGCUUCGCCAAGAAGUCUGGGAUGCGCAGAUCAAGCGUCGGCAAUCGGCACUGUCCCCGUUGUGGCAGAGGAUAUUCCAGCAAUCCCGCCCACCGCUGCUCACGGCUGUCCGCGCAUUCGACAACACGAGGGCUUCCUUUUUCAACGGUAAGUUGCUGCUGGUCGGCGAGGCUUUCACCCAGAUCCGGCCGCAUCUGGGAGCAAGCUGUGACAUUGCUGCCGUGUCAGCGCUGCAUCUACCGCGUGUCCUGAGCGGAGAGAUGCCCAUGAGGGAGCUCGAGACCAAAGUAGCCAAGCACGCCAUGGAAAAGGCCAUUGGAAGUAAAGCGACUGGUAUCUUUGGCAUGACGGGCAAAUGGCCAGACGGCUUUACAGCCGAAGGCGCUGCGAAAUUUGCAGAAAAGCUUUGAUCUAGUGUACUUACAUGACUAGCUAAUCAAUUCCC